CACGGAGCGUCCGGAUCACAGCUGCCUGAACAUCAGCGGGAGAGUUCCCACAGCCUCGUCUGCCCAGAUCCGAUGCAGGAGGCUUAGACUCACUUUACAAGAUCAGGAUCAGUCAACCGGCAACUCGGAGCGUCACAGCAACAAGGAGAACGUCGUCGCAGAAGGGCCUCCACAGAAAGCAGAGGAGAAGGAAGAAACACUCAUCACUCCAACAGAAGAGAAAGUUGAAGUCAUUACGGUUUACCUGGAAGCGCGUCCAGAGGCAGCAGAGAGCGUCAAGAUGCUGACGGACGAAGUGUCGCAGAUUCAAGAAGUGAGGUACUGUCUGAAGACUCUGAGAGAGCAGAUGGCAGCCAGACAAAACACAAACAACAACAAGUAUCCAGCCAAUGGCUUCAGAGUCCAUGUGCCCGGCAGCCAGCCAGCUGUCACCAAUGGCAACACUGUUCUCCCUAAAUCGGAAGCUCAGGUCGGGGAUAAUCAGGAGGAGAGUGUGCGGCUCAGGGAGGCGACCCAGCGUCUGUACUCGCAGCUGAAGGAGAUGGAGAAGAGGCAUCAGGAGGAGAAGGAGAGAAUGCAGGCAGAGGCAGAGGAGUGUAGCGUCCGUGUGGCGGAGCAGUCUACGCGUCUGCAGAAGGUGGAGGAGCAGUCGGAGGAGAGGGGUCAGCAGGUGGAGGAGCUGCAGAGGCUGCUGGGAAACAUGGAGAUCGAGAGCGGCGUCCUCAGAGACAAGAUGGCCGCAGGGGAGGCAGAGCUGCUGCAGCUUAGAGCAGACGGGGAGGAAAGUGAGGAGAGUGAGGAGAGGUGUGAACAGCUGGAGACGGAGGUGGCCGGCCUGAAGGAGAAGAUUCAUCACCUUGACGACAUGUUAAAGAGCCAGCAGAGGAAAGUUCGCCACAUGAUCGAACAGCUGCAAAACUCCCGGACGGUGAUCCAAGAGAGAGAUCACUUCAUCAGGGAUCUGGAGGAGAAGGUGGCUUUCCUGGAAGCUGAGAACAGACAAAUGCAUGACCACAUGGAGUACUUCCUGGCAGGCCAGGAGCCUCUGACGCCCACUGAGAACAAACCAGAGGUUGUUUACAGUAAAACAUUUACACCGACGUCACCGACCAACAAGACCCUCCCGUUCAUCAAAGUCAUCGAGAUCAUGUCCUGAGUGGGGUGUCAACCAAAAUAAUGAUUACAGUGUAAAUGUAUAUUUAACCACACACCUUUAUGAAACAAAGAUCUGGAGUAUUUCAAAAAGGCUUGCUUAACAGACCUCAUGGUGACGAAGCACUUGGUCCUUUUUAGAACCUCAGCUACUUUUGAGGCUGUUCGGCGUACCUUCACUGAGUCUCUAACAGAAUCUAAAGAAGGAAAGUUAUGGGGAACUCAACUUAGGAUCCAAUGAUAGGAGGGAUUCUUGAAAGGAAACAAGAAAGAAGAUGUGCAUUGCAUAGAACUUUUGUGAACUUCAUACAUGAUAUGCAGCACGAGUGAAGUUACGUUUAUUUUCCAACUCUAGUUCUCCAAUGCAGAAAUAAACUGCUUGAAAGGUCAAUUCAAAAGGAUGGAUUGAGACUAAUAUCUGUUUACAUUGUACAUUUCUCUGUUACAAACUGAUUUGGAAAACCUUAUACAAAUCUACAAUUAGAUUAUAUUUUCAGCACUUCUUCAACCUACAGCCUGUUAACCAUGACCCUCAGCUGCAGGGUCACAUUCCUCAGUGCUUUGCACCACACUGCUAAUGGCAGGCAGUUAGCUAUUUCAAUGCUAACGUAUGAUUAAUGUUUAACUUAAAUGUAUUCCUCUGACAUAAGAGUGGGAUUAAUGUAAGACAAGUGAUGCUAUAUAUAUUAUAAAGUUAACCUUUAUUUUAUUAAUGCUGGAAAAUACUUAUUAUAAGGCUACAUUUAGAGGCUAGUUUUUAUUUCUUAUCUAUGCUGCCAAGUACUGCCGCAACAUCCUUCGUAUAUAUCCUGCUUGUGCUAAACGUUUGCAUAUUUAAUAACCACCUUGAACUGAUAACUGACUUACAUAAUAAUAAUACAUUGUCUGUAUGCUUUUUCUGUAAAAUACUUUCAAUCCAGUAUGUACAUUUUUAUAAAGUCCCAUUUACUGUGAACACUGAAGUUGUCUGUUGCUGUAGUGUAGACUGUCAUCAUUUGUUUCAACCUUUAUAUAUAGUCUAUGGUUUCAACGAAAAUCCUUUUUUUUCCCGAUUCAUUUGAUGUACUCUUUGAGUUUUUCACACCUAACUUGUAUCGACUGUGUUGCAUCUUUACUCCUUGACCUUGUACUGCCACCUAGUGGAGAUAAUAAAGACAAUGGAAAUGAA